CCGCCAUGCUGCUUCCAUCAGCACAACAGCAACAAUAACAAUGAUCGUGCUUGUUUACCUUUCGCAACAUUUUUGUGAUAAGAAGAUAUUCUGAUAAGUUUAUGCGUAGAUUAGCAAAUACCACCUACCCGUUAGUGCAAUAAUUGACGCAAAGUCACCCCAGUGUGAUACAAUAGUGCCGUGCCCGAGAGCAUCAUGUUGGAUAAUCCCGUAAAACCGACGGAGGUCAGCGUGAAGAAUCGGAUCGAUUUGGCGGUGGUUCCCCUGGAAGCUUUAAGCUCACGGACACGGGAGUUGGUAGCCGAGUUGCUGAAUCACAAACGAAUAUUCACGUCCGAGGAUGGCUACUUUCGUGACUGGCGCGGUGUGUUCGAUGUCAUUGGCAUUCCCAAAAGCUUCCUACCGCUGGUGUCUACCAAUCCGAAUCCGACCCGCUGCCUGCUGGACCUGUGGCAAAGCGAAACCCAUCAGUGUAAGCGCGAGCCGAACCUGGCCGAACUGCAAUGCGUGCUCGGUUGUAUCGACCGUUGGGAUAUACUGGACGACACUUCCAAAAUGUUUGAGCGUGAUGCAGAACAGUUUCUACUGCGGGAGCAAAAGCGUGCUGCACAGCGGGGGCGCGAAACGGAAGCGACCGAAUCGAAGGUCAGCGCGGAUAGCGACAUUAUCACGCGGGACGAUACGUCCGACCACAAGCAGCAGUACGAUGCGUUCAUCCUGUUCGCCGACGCAGACAUAGAAUUUGCCUCGAAAAUGGUGGACAAGCUGGAGGCGCGCGGGCUGCAGCUAUGCCUGCGCGAUCGUGACAUACUGGGUGGAAGCAAUUUUGAGCACGAAGUCAUUUCCCGCCUCAUAUCGGAACGCUGCCGGCGCGUGGUGGUGAUCAUUUCCAAAGCCUUCCUGGCCAGCCCGCUGAACGACUUCACCGUCACCUUUGCCCAGGCGCUGCAGAUAGAGCAAAAGGCGCGCAAGGUGAUACCGUGCGUGUACGAUCGGUGCGAGCUUCCGCCCCACCUGCGCUACACCUGCCGGCUGGACUACCAGCGGUCGCAAAAUCUGUACAACUUUUGGGACAAGCUGGCCGAAUCGAUACGCGAUACGCCCCGGAAGGUGGGCUUGGAGGUGAGCGGGCGCGAGUUGCCAGCACCGCAGAAGCCACCGGUCCACAGCAAACCGGUGGAAUUGAUUGGCCCACCGCAGCCGCUACCGAAGGUGGUAGUUGAGCAGCCCCCUUUGGUCGUGAAGCUUCCCAGCGCGGCGGAGCAGGACAGUCGCACCGGAAGCCUUAAAAAAUCACACUCCUUUUGGGACAUUUUCUCAAACUUUGGCCACAAAAAGGACAAACUGAACGGGAGCACCUCGCAGCUAAACCUAAACGAAAUGGCUACCCCGUUACCCAGCCCGAAGAAGGCGGGUUCUUCGCCGCUGGCACUGAUCAGGCGCGAUAAAAAGCAGCCCUCCGCUGCUAGUGCUUCGUCCGCUCCGUCCGCAUGUCCGCUAGAUCUUCCGCCAGUGAUGAAGCCAGUGAAGUCGAAAAAGAAGUGGUAUAAGCCGGGCAGCCGCAAGCUAGCUAGCGCUGUGUAAAUAUGCCAGCAGUGCCUUUUUACGAUGGCAUCGUCUGUGACACCGUAUCGUACGGGUAUGUUCUGUAUUUUAUUUUCACAUAUACACAUUGCUUUUACACAAUAAACUCCGUACAAGAGUACUGAUUCGAGCGAA